AUGACACAACCAGUUUCACCACUUCCAACUAUUACUCCAUCCAUUGACCAACCUCUUGGUGAUAUUGUUGCAAAUUGGACAUCUCGUCCUCAUCCUCUUGAUAAUCCAUUGUAUCAUACAAUUAAAGGUCAAUAUUGUCGAUUAGAAUUACUUAAUUCAAAAACUAAUUCAAAUAUAAUUCAACAACUCUAUGAUGCAUUCAAACCAACUGAACAAACUCAUUUUACUUAUUUGCCAUAUGGACCAUUUCAAACAUUGGAUGAAUUCAAAGAAUUUAUAUAUUCAAAUGAAUUACCUAGUAGUAAUAUUGUAAUGUAUAGUAUACUAGUAAAUGAGGUUGCUGUUGGAUAUCUAUGCUUCGUAAGAAUUGAUCAACAAAAUGGUACAAUUGAAAUAGGAGGCAUAAAUUUCAGUCAACAUUUAGUACGAACAAGACAAGGCACUGAAUCAAUUUUUUUAUUAUUAGAAUAUGCAUUUGAUAUACUUGGUUAUAAACGUGUACAAUGGUCAUGUAAUGCAUUGAAUAGUAAAUCAAGACAAGCAGCAUUACGAUUAGGUUUUCAAUAUGAAGGUACAUGGUUAAAAACAUUCAUAUAUAAAGGUCGAUCAAGAGAUAAUGCAUGGUUUAGUAUUGUUGAUGAUGAAUGGCCAGUAGUAAAAAAAGAAUUACAAAGAUGGUUAAAUCCAGAAAAUUUUGAUAUUAAUGGACAACAAUUGACUAAAUUAAAUGCAGCACAAGUUAAUCCACGUCAAGACAAAGUUAUAGAUAUGAAAUAA